AUAGCGCUUACAUUGACGUCAUCUAUAGGGAAAAUGGCAGAGGGUGAACUUAACGUGGAUAGUAUAAUUUCCAGGCUUUUGGAAGUGCGUGGUUGCAGACCUGGAAAAACUGUACAACUAACAGAAGCUGAAGUUCGUGGUCUGUGUCUGAAAUCAAGGGAAAUAUUUUUAAGUCAGCCCAUACUCCUUGAAUUAGAAGCACCUCUCAAAAUAUGUGAUUAUGAAGGCUCUAAGCUAUGGAAAGGAGCCUACCAGCUUCUGAAGUCUGUUUCUAGUCUUCACCCACAUAAUUUUCCUAGCAGUAUAAUAAUUGAUAGAAAUAUUCUUGGGUUUAUUUUAAUACAUAGAGAACAUCAGCGCAGCCUCUGUAGUGUUCAACCCAUAGAGGGUGACACAACAAAACUCAAAGAUAGAAAGUGUGUAAGCUUGCGAAGAAGACAGGAGAUCCUUCGGGCCCUUUACAAGUUAACUGUAGGGACAUACUUUCCUGCACCAGAGGAUGUAAAUGAUGGUGUUAAUGUAAAGAAUACAGGUAAAAGACGUUAUAAUAUCAAACUUUGGAAGACCUUUACAGACUGUUUCAAUUGUUUGCCUAUAGCAGCCAUCAUCGAUGAAAAAAUAUUUUGUUGUCAUGGAGGUCUCUCUCCUGAUCUGCAGUCCAUGGAACAGAUAAGACGUAUUAUGAGACCAACAGAUGUGCCAGAUACCGGGUUAUUAUGUGAUCUUCUCUGGUCUGACCCUGACAAAGAUGUACAAGGAUGGGGAGAGAAUGAUCGAGGAGUUUCUUUCACAUUUGGUGCUGAUGUUGUGAGCAAGUUCCUCAACCGCCAUGACUUGGAUCUAAUUUGUAGAGCACAUCAAGUUGUAGAAGAUGGAUAUGAAUUCUUUGCAAAGAGGCAGUUAGUUACCUUGUUUUCUGCUCCCAAUUAUUGUGGUGAAUUUGACAAUGCUGGAGGAAUGAUGUCAGUUGAUGAGACAUUAAUGUGUUCAUUCCAGAUACUUAAACCAUCCGAGAAAAAAGCCAAGUACCAAUAUGGAGGUUUGAAUUCUGGACGACCUGUAACACCACCACGUGGGCCUGUCAAAAACAAAAAAUAAGCACUAGUUAAAAAUACUGUAUGAUGUUUUUCAGAUUUUUUUCAUUAUCUUUGGGAUCCUACACUGUCCACAUAUAGAUCAUCUAAAAACUAUUGUCUACAAGUUUUUUAAAAAUUCAAUCAUGGUGUUUAGUUUUAUCAGUGUGUGUUUCUGUUUUUGUGUGUGUGUUGUUAACAUAUCUUUGAACUGUCAGUUUUUAUAAGUUCUGUCAAACUAAUUCUGGUGGAAGUGAAAUAAUCUUUAUAAGUAUGAAAUUCUGCUCUUUUCCUUAGUGAUGACGUAUAAACUAGGUGAAUAAAAUAAAUUUUAUUUUAGAAAUCCUUGGAUUCACUCAGUAAGUACUUAUGAGUAAUGUUAUGUGUCUGAACAUAACUGAUAUGUAAUCUGUUAACAAAAACAAUUGAAUUAGUAAAAUACUGUGACUGAACUGAACAUCUAGUGACAACAGAAUUAGAUCAAAUUGCGAGGAUGUAUGUGUCCAGUAACCAAAAUGAAAGGUUUCAGAAGAUGUGUGUGAUAACAAAAAAAACAACAGUAUGAAGGAAUGAUUUAAGCUAAUUAUUUUUAUAUACUCCCUUAUUUAAUGUUUGUGAUACAUCUAAUGCUUAAAUGGGUAGUGAAGGAACAAGAUUCAUGUACUUACACAAGGAGUUUAUAAGAUAAUUAAUGCAUUAAUUUUUAAGUGUUUGUCAUUUAUUUCCUAAUUCCAUAUUAGAAUAGUAAUUUCUGGAAGAACGUACCUUGUGUAUAUUUGAAGUGAUACUGGCUAAUGUUAUGUUUCAAAAAGAAUAAAAGUAAGUUGUGAGAACAAACUUUUCAGCACAUCAUCUCAUCAAAUACAUUUUGUUGCUGUUUCUCAGUAUUUUUGUUAGUGUCAUGGAGUAUUUCAUUAAAGAGAUAUAAAUGUUA